CCUGGGCAACGUAACCAAUGCUAGACUGCCUCUCUAGUACCUCUGGCAAAUGGUCCCCAGUGUCUGUGACAAGGGCUUGCCUUGUCACCAUGAACUGGAAUUUAAUUAUCUGCAGUUGAACUCUUGUGUGGGCUUCUCCAACCUAAAAAUUCUGCUAGGGGCACAUGGCUGGUUGGGUCCAAAGAGCAUGCAACUCUGAGCAGCCCCCUCUUCUUUUGUUCUACUCCCCAGCUGGUUCCCCUACCAUUCCAUGUGUAGGGUACAACCCGCAUUCAGAGAUGGGUAAGUAUUUCAGCCCUGAAAUGCAGUUUCAGUUCUUCUUGUUCAGAUUUCCCCUCAUGGCUCCUCAGCUCAGUCAUGACCUCUAGGAAGGCUCCCAGAUUGUAUACUGGGAAUUUACUUGUUAGUUUCCUAACAAAUAAACACUACCAAUAGAUGCCCCACUGUAGGCAGGCCAGGCCUGGGUUUCAACUCCCUCCCUCUCCAAACAUAAGGUUUUCCAAACCACUAAACGACAGGCAGUAGGAUAUUUUUCACCACAGGGUCCCAAUCUCCUGACCCUUCAAAGAGGAGGACUUUCUUCUAUGGCUCAUCUACUACAGGAAGGGCAUAUAAUAGUAGGUGAUGGGGAUACAAAGAUAGCCCCAGUAGGCACUGUUCCAAUUACUUUACAGAUGUCAAUUAUUCCAACUUCACAACAACUCUAAUAUAUGUGUGCUACUGUCAUCUUUAUUUUGCAGAUGGGGAUAUAGCAGCACAGUUGUUAAGAAACUAGUCCAAAGUCACACACAGAGUUAAGUGACAGAGUUGGAGUGCUAACACAGUCUGGGACGAGCCUCAGGGAAGCAUCUCCUUCAAGAGGUUAUGCCUAGGCAGAGACCUGAAGGAUAAUUAAGGAGCUAUAUCUGGGUGAACCAGUGAAACAAAAGCCUUCCAGGUGGAAGAACAUGCCCAAAGACAUAGAAGCCAACAGCCUAGCAUGAGUGUGUCAGACUUCCAUUUCAGGUGGAUGGUUCUGGUGGCUUCAGGAUGGACUGAAAUGAGGGCAAAUGACCCUUUGGGAAAUGUAUCCAGUUGGAAGCUGAUAGGGUCAGAUCUAGGAUGACAGGAAGAGAUAGAGAAAUCGGCCUAGGUUUGGGGAGAUAAAAAUCAGCAGGACUUGAUGGUUGCAUUUUGUUGUGUUUGUUUACUAUUUAUUCAGCAGAUAGGCUGUAUGUUCAGCAUUAUGAUAGAUGAGCUGCAUGUACAAUGUUAACAGCAUAUUUACCAUCCCUGCUCUGUAGAAUUUACAGUUCAAGUUUGGGCUCAGAGAGGGACAGCAGGGGUUCCAGGGUGCCUUGAAGAUUCCAUUAGGGCAGGUGGUGUUCCUCAAACCAAACAGUGACCAAUUAGUGAAGGGUGCAAUCAUACCAGUGGAUCUUGAACAGCAUUUUACCGAAGCAAAAUAGAAUAGAACAUAUCAGGGUGCCUUGACUGCCAUAAGGGAAAGAACAAUUUUCAGAAAUCUUAUUUCUGUUACAUAUGUGCAAGUCUGUAUUAGAUUAACAUAUGCAAUGCACUUCUUAAUGAGGGCCAAGGAAAGAAAGAAAAACAAACCUUGUAAAAACCUUGGGUUAAGGAUAACCACACGCCUGUAACUCUGAACAUCUUGAAGGGACUGAUCAUGCCUUACUCAUGUUUUUGUUCCUAUAAUAAAGUGGAUGGAUAAAUGGAUGGGUUAUGCAUGUAUGUGAUAGAUGGAUGAAUUAAAUGAAUUAAUGAUGGACAUUAAUUAAAUGAAUGGGCAGGUGGAUGGGUGGAUGUAUUCAUGCAUGCAUGGAUAAGUGAGGGGAUGGUGAAUGGAAGCAUUAUUGAUGAAGACAAAAAGAUCUAUAGAAUAAGUCAGCGUAGGGCAUGCUGAGUCUGAGGUUAUCUGAGAAAUUGCAGGACAGUGGAGAUGGACAUAGAAGUCGUAACGGGAGAGAUGAGGGCUAGAAAGCCGAGGCUCUGCAGGUAGUAAGGGAUUAAUUGGUUUGAGGAGAAAAGUUGGAGGUAUACGAGUCCCCACGCGAGAUCCUUUGAUUUCACAGCCACUCCACGCUACCGCAAGCACCACCCCACUGCGUUCUUGCAGGCCACACCCUCGAGCGUGGCCUCCGUGGAGAGGGCGUUCUCACUACCACAAAGGCUUCAGGCUAGAAGGGCCGAAAGUGCACGAGAGCACUUGGACGCCGCUCUCCCCACCCUUUUGGGUCCGUGUCCGGGGAACUGCCUCGGCUGAGGGACUGCUGGACACUCUGGCUGGUGUGGAGCGGUGUAAUGGUCUGUUGAUUCUCUUUCCACCUCUGCCCAUUCUCACGUCUUUCCUAUCAGGACCGGCUGGAUGGCCGUCAGGGCUCCCAACUGUCGCGUCCCCUGGGGCAUCAUAGAGAACGUAGUCCUCCAUUGGCUCAGUCUACCCUUUCCGAGUGUGGGUUAAAGUGCCUACGUCAUUUUCGGUCGCCUCGGGCUGGGUGGGGAGUGCCGCCACCAGAGGAGGACGCCGCUGGGUCGGGCAAACCUGGAGGGAGGCAGGAAACGUGUCGGGACCCGGAUUUGCAGGCUGAGGCUGGAAGGAAAGUGGAAGCUGCAGCCUGGUUCCGCUCCCGCUCCUCUUGGAGGGCGGCUGAGUCAGCGCUAGAGGGCUUUCGUGCCUUGAGCUGGGAAGAGCCUGAGGGAGGGGAGUAAGGCUCCUUUGCCGGCCUGAGGAGGAAGAGCAGUGUAGAGAAAAACCUUGGGUCAAAAGCGUAGCUUGGACACGUAGCCUGCAGACACGUUCCCCGCUCCUCAGCUCGGAGUUGACGCAUCCACACCUCCAGGCUGCGCAUUAAAAUGGCUGGCUGUGCCACUACUCCUAACCCCAUGCAGACCCUUCAGGAGGAAGCGGUGUGUGCCAUCUGCCUGGAUUACUUCAAGGAUCCCGUUUCCAUAGGCUGUGGGCACAACUUCUGCCGAGGAUGUGUGACCCAACUGUGGGGCAAGGAAGAUGAGGAAGACAGGGACGGGGAAGAAGAUGGAUGGGAAGAAGACGAGGACGACGAUGUGGAGGGGGCCACCGGUGGAUGGGACAACUCUAUUCGAGAGGUUUUGUACCAGGGCAGUGCUGACGAGGUGUUCCAGGACCAAGAAGAUGAACUCUGGGUUGGUGACGGUGGCAUCAGAAAUUGGGACAACAUGGACUAUGUGUGGGACCAGGAGGAAGAAGAGGAGGAAGAUCAGGACUAUUACCUGGGAAGCUUGAGACAUGACCUGAGAAUUGACGUCUACCCAGAAGAGGAGAUAUCGGAAGAAUACGAGGACGAGGAAGAGCUGUAUCCUGACACCCACUUACCUCCUCCUCCUCCACCUCCACCCCCUCCUCCGCCCCCUCCACGUCAGUUCAUCUGUCCCCAGUGCCGAAAGAGCUUUAAGCGUCGCAGCUUUCGUCCCAACUUGCAGCUAGCCAACAUGGUCCAGAUAAUUCGCCAGAUGAGCCCCACUCCUUAUCGAGGAAGUCGGGGGAAUGAUCAGGGCAUCUGCUCCAAACACCAGGAAGCCCUGAAACUUUUUUGUGAAGUGGACAAAGAGGCUAUCUGUGUGGUGUGCCGAGAAUCCAGGACCCACAAACAACACAGCGUGGUGCCAAUGGAGGAGGUGGUGCAGGAGUACAAGGUCAACAGCCAGGGGAGUGCUUGCGCUGAGCAUCUCUACUAGAUGAUGUGUGGAAUCUCUCACCUCUCCAUUUGUGCCAAGUGCCCAGGGCACUUGGCAUGACCCCAGUUACGAACAGCAAGCUGGAUAUUGGUGUGGGUGAAGGUAAGAGUCUCCCACGACCAGAGGAGAAACAAAAUACAUGGGUCGAAGUCGAGUUGGACUAUAGUGUUGGAAAAGCAAGAAGACAGCUAAUUGGGGGUGCUAUGGUGGCGGGUGACAUACGUGACUGGGAACCUUGAAGCACAGUCAGGACAGCGUCCUGAAGAGCCAUGAUUCUUCCCCAAGCCUGCUGGCCCUCUUGUCAAUUGCCCCUUACCUCCAUCUCACGGUUUGAGUUUCAGCACCUGCAACAAUCCAGUUCAAGACUUUUGCACUGACUGUCUCUCCAACUACAUCUCCUCCCACAUACUUUCCCUUAUUGGAACAUUAACUUUCCAUAUAGCCACAGGGCUGUAUCCUACUUCUUCCUCUCUUUGCUCCAAUCUCUCUCUCAAUCUCCGUUCCACUCACCCCAUCAAAUGUAAACCAAACCAAACUAAACCAAACCAAACAAAACAAAAAACAGGUCCCCACCAUCUUGGCUCACAGGUGUAUUCCCCCCAACACCUAAAACAGGAACUGGUACCAAAGAAAUGCUAAGUUUGCCUGCAUUUACUCUGCCAGGCACCAUUCUGGGCGGCUUUACAUUUAUUGACUGAUUGAUUGAUUGAUUGAUUGAUAGAGAUAGAGCACAAGCAGGGGAGAGGCAGAGGGCAGAAUCCCAAGCUGGCUCCGUGCUCUCUGCGCAAAGCUGGACACGGGGUUCGAACUCACUAACUGUGAGAUCAUGACCUGGGCCAAAAUCCAGAAUCGGUCGAUUAACUGACUGAGCCACCAAGGCGUCCCUGGGUGCUUUACCUAACUCACUUACUCUCCUCAACAUCGUUUUAGGUUGAUACUAUUGUUUCCAACCUCAUUUUACAGAUGUGAAACUAAAAAUAAUACACAUUACAAACAAAAUAAUUAUGUAUAAUCCCCCUUAUUUUGCAUAAAUGAUAGUCACUGCUAUCAUCCUGGUCUGUGCAAACCCCCCCCAUUUAAAAAACAUUUGAGGGGCACCUGGGUGGCUCAGUCAGUUAAGCAUCUGAAUCUGAAUUUUGAUUCAGGUCAUGAUCUCAGGAUUAGUGAGUUCGAUCCCAGUGUCCAGCGUUCUGCCGAGAGCAUGGAGCCUGCCUGAAUAUUCUCUCUCCUUCUCUCUCUGCCCCCACCCCCGUUCAUGUGCACCUCCCUCUCUCUCUUAAAAUAAAUAAACUUUAAAAAAAUAAAAUUAAAAAUACUUGAGAGAGGCGCUGCCAGCCAGCAUCAUAUCUUAAUUUCAAGAAUGUGCCGUAGCGGGAGGCACUACAUACUCACAUACCAUGAGGUUAAAUGGGAGGGCGGUAGCCAGCCAGGCAACCAUGUUCCACUGCUUCCCAGUCUGAGGACACCUCCUUGGGGGCACGCCUGGACCCCCCAGCCGGCCUUUCUGUGAGGUGUUUAGGCCCAGAGCGGCUUUGGACCCGAGUCCCCAGAAUUCAGAACCCGGAGGCCUUUCCUCUCGCGGCCGUUCAGUUUCUAUGACGGCUCUCUGCACUCCUGCCUAGACGAGAGCUCGGUGACCGAUAAGCGGCCCACGGACCGAUUUUUCGUUCCUCCCCGCUUUUCCGCACCGUAACCCAUUUUCGUCUUAACUCCUGCCUGGACUAAGCCCUUCCGAACAGGGAGUGCCUCAGCCAAUUCCCUCAGAGCAAAAACCUCUUGAUGAAAGAGCUGCCCUCUGAGACAGAAGUCUGUUAGGGCUUAAUAAUUCACCUGAGCACAGUGUAUUUAAAAAAAUUUAAUACCAUAUUUUUCAUAUCGCUUACCAUUACUUGCAGUUCUCACCCAGAAAUUAAGCUCCCUCAGCGUUGCCCUCCGAGCCACCCUGCGGAAAGGGCGGGGCUCGGGCUGUGCCACGUGGGAAUACCAAAGGUGCUGGGCGAUCCUGACGGGAAUGUGCCGUGCACUUCCCCUCUUCCGCUUCUUAGACAUCACGCCCCAGUGAACGUUUGAUGGGUUCUUUAAAACACUUGACCGAGUUGGUUUCAGAAUGUUUUUGUAUGGCACUGC